UACGUCAUCAAGCGUCAUCUGAUCCUGCACCAUGGCGACGGGGACGCGGAGCGCCUUGUUGUAUAGUGUCUCCAUUAUAAUUCUGUUAAAAAUAAGCGUUUUCUCCUGCCAGCAGUUCUCCAUAUCAUUUCGACAGCCUUCUGACUGUGGCGUUAACAGCUAUUUUGAUAUUUCGAGCCUGUCUUGCGUGAAAUGCGGGUCAAAUCAAGUCAGCAGCAAAUCAGGACUGGCAUGUGAGUGUCAGGCUGGUUCCAGAGUGCUGGUCAGUAAUGGGGUGUCUAUCUUGUGCCAGCAGUGUCCUGAUGCUGAUCAGGUGGUCACCCAGGAUGGAUAUGAAUGUAUUCGUUGUCCUGGAACUGUGGGGAAGGAUGGCAAGUGUCAGUGUCCUGAGGGAAGUGUGCUGGUGGAGAGAGAUGGGAAUGGCAAUCCCUUAAUUGAAGCAAGGUGUCAAGCAUGUAGUGCAACAGAUCCUGCUUUUUCUGCCCCAGAUAUGAAAGGCAACAGGUGUGAGAGAUGUGGGGACUCAUUCAUUAACUCAUCUCAGUCUUGUGUUUGCGGCACUUCGAAUACGCUGGCAGGAGGAAUGUGCUUCCCUGCGAACAGUCUGCCUACCUCAGUUGCCUCAAGUGUUAUUUUUAGCCAACUGACUCUCCCUGUCCAGUCAGCAUGGUUUUCAAGCUUCAUGUAUUCUUCGGCCGCUGCAUGUUUGUUGUUCUCUAACCGGACUGCAUGUCAGUCUCUGGGAAACAUGUGUGUUAUGAACAUGCACUCAUCCAGCUCCAUCAACAAUGAUGUCUGUGGUCUCUACAACACAAUCUACAGAACAACAGCUGCUCAGGGCAGCAGCCAGGACAUCUCCUACUGGAGGACAAACCUACCUUGGCUGUACUAUGGAGAUCAACCAGGGAUGGCAUCACAGGCUCUUCAGAAUGAACCCCUUCCUGUUGGAUUCAGCUUUAAAGGGGCACAAAAGAACACCAACAUUGAGUUGCGAGCUGCUGUGUACUCAGUGCGUGGAGAGUUUCUGAGAUGGGAAAGCGUUGGUAGAGGCAACCUUCAGCUCUGUCCAGACACCCCUACCAGACAACAGUCUGCCUUCAAAUUCGGGACAGCCUACAAGCAGAGUUGUGUGCUAUCUGUGUCAGAGCUCUUAACUGGUUAUCCAGAGCCUUUGUUCUAUGAUGUGUUCCUGGUCAUUCAGAAUUCCCAAGACAAUCGUCUUCUUGCGGUGCCUCUCCUAAAUGCCAAUCAGCAGUUUAACGGCCAGUUUGUCAAUCAGGGUAUAAUAUCCAAUUAUAUAUUUGAUCAUCAGAUGUUAAGGCAUUGCUAUUUUAUUAUAGUGUUAACUCCUCAUUUAUUAGGAUCUGACAUGAGUAAAUGGUUCCUGACCCGAAGGCUGAUGCUUGUCGACACAUUGAGUGGAAGAGAGAAGUCUAUAAGUUCUUCACCCGUAGUUAUACGAGUGGCUUCUGACAUUAAGAUCGGGUUUCAGCUGGUACCAAAUACACAGAAGGGACAGGUUUACCCUCCACUGAUGAGUGUGGCCUACUCGGAUAUACAGAUCAAAGACCCCAGCACACAGACUGUUACUGUGACAUUCUCUGUGGAGUAUACAAUGAACCAGGAAGAAGCUCGGAUCAAAACUGAUAUUGCUCUUGGUGUGCUGGGUGGAGUGGCUGUUGUCCACUCUUUAUUGAAGACAGCAAGCUGGAAAAGAAGAAUCGCAUCUCCUCUUAUUGACUUGGAGACAAUUAUGAAGUUCUUGGUUUUCUAUGCUGGAGACCUUGCAAAUGUUUUUUUCAUCAUCACUGUUGGAACUGGCCUCUACUGGCUCAUAUUCUUCAAGGCCCAACUGUUUGUGUCCGUGUUGCUGCCAUUGCCAGCUCAGGAGGAGCGUUUUGUUGUUUAUGUUGGCUGUGCUUUUGCAUUAAAGACUGUACAGUUUCUUCACAAGAUUUUCGUUCAGCUCUCUGUGGAUGUUUUCUUCAUAGACUGGGAAAGACCUCGUGGAAAAACGACUAAACAUGUGGAGGGAUCCGGAGAAACAAAAAGUCAGGCGUCUCCUGUCAGUAUCUGGAGGACUUAUUUUGUGGCCAAUGAGUGGAAUGAGAUUCAAACCAUUCGCAAGAUCAACCCCACUUUUCAAGUUAUGGCUGUGCUCUUUUUUCUAGAGGUUGUAGGCUUCUCAAAUUUGGCUCUAAGAGAUCCUUCGUCUAACCUGAAUCGAUCUGCUGAGGAAUACACGCCUCCAUACAGCCUCAUACUCCGCUAUGGUGUAGCUACUGCUAUGUGGCUCUGCAUUGGCUUAAUACAGAUGAUAUUCUUCACAGUGUUCCAUGAACGGUUUGUUGAAGACAAGAUUCGUCAGUUUGUGGAUUUGUGCUCAAUCAGUAAUAUCUCAGUUCUGCUGCUGUCUCAUCGAUGUUUUGGCUACUACAUUCAUGGGCGCUCUGUUCAUGGUCAUGCUGAUACUAACAUGGAUGAGAUGAACACUAACCUUAAGAGGGAGGCGGAGAAUCUGUGUGGCCAAAGGGGACUUUUGCCAAACUCUGAUACUCAGACGUUUCAGAUUUCGAUAACUAACCGUCUGCGAGCACAGUAUGAUCGGAUAAUCGAGCCAAUCAGCAGGAGAAGAGGACCUUCAAGGUUGGUGGAUGCUACAGCCAAUCCAUGCGAGCAAAGCACAAAAGCAUACCAUACUAUGAACCGAUUCCUGGGCUCUGUCAUUGAUCAUGCACAUCGUGAGAUGGACUACAUUGUGAAAGAUAAGCUACUGUUUGAGAGAGUCAUCGGUAUGGAGUUCAUAGAGCCGCUCGAUAAAAGCAUCUUUUAUAAUGAUGAUUCUCACUCAUUCGCUGAUGUCCUUUUUUAUGGUAAUGAGGGUGUGCUGUUGAUCUUCGACACGCUCUUUUUCUGUGUGGUUGAUCUGGGCAAGCAGAACUUCAUUCUCGCAGCUGUGUUAACGUACCUUCAGCAAAUGAUAUUUAGAUUAAUUCGAAAUGGAUUGGGCCGCAGGAACCUGGCCAACAAAACGCUAGUUGACAAACGAUUUCUCAUCUAGAUCUUCAUCUUAUUGCACCAUGACAGCCUUCAGGUUUCUUCUACCGAAUUUUGUAUUGUUUUUAUAUUAAUAAUAAUUUUUUUGUAAUUUCUAAGACAGGAUGUUGUUGAAUCUAAUGUAUAAAUGUUUUUAUAUUUAAGUAUUUUUGAUCAAUUAAACAAGUUCUUGGUUUUUACACAUGGCAGGCCUCAUAAGUAAAACUGAUGCUACAUAAAAGCAUAAUUGCUUGA